AUGAAGGAAGGCGCCAGAGAUUUAGAUCUGCUGCACUCCAAGGUGCGCAGUUUGCGAGACAAGCUGCAGGCCCGCGCUGCUCGUGCCGUGUCUAGCAGCAGCAGCAGCAGCAGCAGCAGCAGCAGUAGCAGCAGUAACAACAACAGCAGCAGCAACAGCAGCGGGGAUGGCAGCCGCAGCAGCCACAGGGAGGUGCUGAUUACGCAGACACUGCGAGUCAGUAGCAGAGAAGAGCGCGACUCCCCCACAGCUGGCAGCAGCAGCAGCAACAGCAAUAGCAGUAACAGCAGCAGCAAUAACAGCAGCAGCAGCAGCAAAUAUCAAGCGCAGGGAGACGUUAGCCAUACUCGGGUUGCAUCGUGGGUCGGGCCUGAUAGGGGACAAGGCAGCAGCAGCAGCAGCAGCAGCAGCAACAGUAGCAGCAGCGAACAGCAGCCCAAGCUGCGGCACAUAGAAUAUCGAGGCUCCUCGACGAGCGCGGCGAGCAGCAGCAGCAGCAGCAGCAACGGCAACGUGGACAGCAGCAACAGCAGCAGCAGCAGCAGCAGCACUUCGCAUGAUGGACGCCUCGCUGUAAGCCGCAAUGUCGUGAGGCGCGGCAGCAGCAAAAGCCCUGAGAAGAGCCCCAGGCACCCAAGAGACGGCAGCAGCAGCAGCAGCAGCAGCAGCAGCAGCAGCAGCAGCAGCAGCAGCAGCAGGGACUACCGUAACUCUCCUUCGCAUAAGCGCGGAUCUGAAUUGCAUGCACAGCAACAUGGCAGCAGCAGCAGCAGCAGCAGCAACGACGCUAUGAGUAGCCGCAGGAGCCGCAGCAGAAGCAGAGGCCGGGGCCGCAGCAACACCGGAAGCAGCAGCAGCAGCAGCAGCAGCAGCCACUACCGCCCGAGUCAUAGCAGCAGCAGCAGCAGCAGCAAGCUACGCCCCUCUGAGUAUUCACACAUGCAAAGUAGCAGCAGCAGCAACAGAAGGCAUGAGGGCAGCAGCAGACACGAGGGCAGCAGCAGCAGACAUGACAGCAGCAGCAGCAGACAUGAGAGCGGCAGCAGACAUGAAAGCAGCAGCAGCAGCAGACACGAUAUCAGCAGUAGCAGGUACGACGGCGGCAGCAGCAGCAGCAGAUACGACGGAAGCAGCAGCAGCAGUAGCAGACACGACAGCAGCAGCAGCAGACACGACAGCAGCAGCAGCAGACACGACAGCAGCAGCAGACACGACAGCAGCAGCAGCAGACACGACAGCAGCAGCAGCAGCAGACAUGACAUCCACAGGGGGGGCCGCCGCUGCAGCCGCAGCCGCAGCCGCAGCAGCGACCGCUAUCACCAUUCUUCUGCUUCAGGCAGCAGCAGCAGCAGCAGCAGCAGCAACAGCAGCAGCAGCAGCAGCAGCAGCGCACCUCAGGCAGGUUCCAGUAGGAUCGGCAGCAUGGAGGUGGAGGAGGGGGAGAUCUCGUUAAGCACAAGCAGCAGCGGUAGCAGCAGCAGCAGAGACACUCAGCAGCAGCAGCAGCAGCAGCAGGAUGCUGCUGCUGGUGAUAGCCCGCAGCGUAAAGUAUCAGAAGGUUUAAAUAUUUCACCCGCAGCAGAAACUGCGUCUGCUGCUGCUGCAGCAGCAGCAGACGCAGCAGCAGGUGAAGCUGAUGCUACGGACGGCAGCAGCGCAGCAGCAAUGGAUGCAGACAAUGAAGGGGAGGGUACAAGUUCUGCUGCAGCUGCAGCAGCAGCAGCAGCAGCAGCAGCAGAAGGAGAAGCACCAGCAGCAGCAACAGCAGCAGCAGCAGAUGAAGAAGCAUCUGCGGAUACUGCAGAAGAGGAAUUGUUUACUCCAGAGGUCGGGCCUGAUGAGUUGCUGCUGACCCCAGAGGCAGCAACUGAGCCUGCUGCUGCUGCUGCUGCUGCUGGUUCUGCUGCUGCUGGGGGCAGCGGCGUGGGCGGCUCUGCUGCAGCAGCAGCAGAAGGAGCAGCAGGAGAGGAUCAGCAGCAGCAGAGUGCUCCUGGUGGUGCUUCAGAGGUAAUGUUUGGCCCGGCUUUACCAGCAGCAGCAGCAGCAGCAGCAGCAGCAGCAGAAGCAGGUGGUGCAGCAGCUAGCUCCCCUUCAUUAGCAGCAUCAGGGGUAUUAGAUGGCUUUGGAGGUGAAUUUUGCGAGUUGCAGCAGCAGCAUCAGCAGCAGGAGGACGAGGAGGAUCCUGAGCAGCAACAGCAGCAGCAGCAGCAGCUGCUGCUGCUGCGCGCAGGCCAGGGUGAUGAUGAAGAUGAAGAAGAAACAAUACAUUCAAGAAAUAAAAAAGUAUUUGCUUCUCUUGUCUACGGAUGCCGCUCUGUCAGCUCCUUCAAACGUCUCAAUAAAAUCAGCGAAGGGACGUACGGCGCUGUCUUCAGAGCCCUCGACUUGGCUACCAAAGAAAUCGUAGCUUUGAAGCAGGUGAAGUACCAUGCGAAGCUGUGGAGUGAAGGCUUUCCUAUAUCCUCUUUGCGCGAAAUAUCUAUUUUGCUCGAAUUAGAACAUCCAAAUGUUGUAAAUGUGCAGCAAGUUGUCGUCGGAAGCGGACAGCAUCAAGUCUUCAUGCUGCUCGAAGCUCUGGCUUAUUUGCAUGCAAAUUUCGUCUUUCACCGCGACGUGAAGCCCAGCAAUCUUUUAUAUUCAAAUAAAGGGGUUUUGAAGUUAGCCGACUUCGGCAUGGCGCGCAAAUUUGGAGUUCCUCCGGGGCAUCAAAAAUAUACAAAAGAAGUCGUCACUCUCUGGUAUAGGCCCCCGGAGAUACUGCUCGGACAAGCUCUUUAUAACGCUAAAUGCGAUGUCUGGGCUGUUGGGUGUAUAUUUGGAGAGCUGCUGCUGCGUCGCCCCCUCUUCGCUGGACAAGGAGAGUUCGAUACGCUGACUAAAAUCUGGAAGCUCUGCGGGACGCAGUCUGAAGAGACGUGGAGAGGGUUUAACGAGUUGCCGCUGAUUAAAAACAAAAGUUUGCCGCGACUGCCGAUUUGUUCGCCUUCCUGGAGAGAUGUAUUUCCCCCUCCUUCUAAACACCUCACCAUGGGGAACAGCGGAGUCUUAUCAGACUUAGGUUUAGAUUUGCUGCAGCAGCUGCUGACGCCUGACCCAUCGCAGCGGCUGUCUGCUGCUGCUGCACUGCAGCAUGAAUAUUUUAAAGAGACCCCGAAGCCUCAACCUACAGAGCUCAUGCCCAGCUAUCCUGAUACAAAUAAUCAAGCAAGGAAGAAGCGCAGGAAGGGAGGCAGCGCAGACCUGAAUGAACAAAAGCAUCUUGAUUCAUUUCGAUUUGACGCUCGAGUCGACGCGGAGAAAUUUUUGUCGGCUUUGGAUCAAAAGGCGAGGAGUCAACGAAAGGAGACGAGAAGAAUAAAUAAAUAA